AUGAAGAAGAGAUUAGCGCUUUUUUUGUUGGCUAGUCUAGCCUGCGUUUCAGCAACUGACGAGCAUCUGCUACAUUUUGUGACUGAUGAUGUACCCUCUGGUUCUUACAAAUAUUACAGUCUUAUGUAUGAUGGGCUUAUCAAGAUACAAUUGACUUCUCAGAGUGGGGACGCAGACCUAUACAUUUCACAAACAACAACAAACCCUACGUAUGACCCAGAUCAUUAUUGUCUUCAUUCAUCUACUUGCGGAGAAGACAUUGUAUUCAUACCACCGAGUUUCAAAAGACCUGUUGGAAUAGGAGUAUACGGCCACCCUAGUCACGAAAUCAGUAAAUAUUCUUUACUAGUCUAUCAGCUUGCCACUACAUCUGACAAAGCUGUUAGUGAAAAUACUUUUAACUCUGGGGAAAACCUGGAGAACGAUCAGGAAUCUAAGGUGCGCUAUUAA